AUGGAAGACGGUCACUCGAAAACCGUCGAACAAACCCUGAAUUUCUUUGGUACAGACGCUGAACGCGGCUUAACCCUUGAUCAGAUCAAGAGCAACCAGAAAAAAUAUGGACCUAAUGAAUUGCCGACAGAGGAAGGAAAGAGUAUUUGGCAAUUAGUGUUAGAGCAGUUUGACGAUCUUCUGGUGAAGAUUUUGCUUUUGGCAGCCAUUAUAUCAUUUGUAUUAGCGCUGUUUGAAGAACACGAAGACACGUUCACUGCAUUUGUAGAACCUUUAGUCAUUUUACUUAUUCUCAUAGCAAAUGCUGUCGUUGGUGUAUGGCAAGAGAGAAAUGCCGAAUCAGCAAUUGAAGCACUAAAAGAAUACGAACCCGAGAUGGGUAAAGUAGUUCGCCAAGAUAAGUCUGGUAUCCAAAAAGUAAGAGCGAAAGAAAUUGUUCCUGGAGACUUGGUUGAAGUGUCUGUUGGCGACAAGAUUCCUGCUGACAUUCGUAUUACUCACAUUUAUUCGACAACACUCAGAAUUGAUCAGUCCAUCCUUACCGGCGAGUCGGUCUCAGUCAUUAAACACACCGAAGCUAUCCCAGAUCCCCGAGCUGUCAACCAGGACAAAAAGAACAUCUUGUUCUCUGGUACAAAUGUUGCUGCUGGCAAAGCUCGCGGUGUCGUCAUUGGUACUGGUCUUAGCACUGCUAUUGGUAAAAUCCGUACUGAAAUGUCAGAAACUGAGGAAAUCAAAACCCCACUGCAACAGAAGCUGGAUGAGUUCGGUGAACAAUUGUCAAAGGUCAUCUCCAUUAUUUGCGUCGCUGUAUGGGCCAUCAACAUUGGUCACUUCAAUGAUCCCGCCCAUGGUGGAUCCUGGAUCAAGGGUGCUAUCUACUACUUCAAGAUCGCUGUCGCAUUGGCUGUCGCUGCCAUUCCCGAGGGUCUUCCCGCUGUUAUUACAACUUGCUUAGCUUUGGGCACACGUCGUAUGGCCAAGAAGAAUGCCAUUGUCCGAUCUCUUCCAUCUGUCGAGACUUUGGGUUGCACAUCCGUAAUUUGCUCAGAUAAAACCGGAACACUUACCACAAAUCAAAUGUCUGUCUCCCGUAUGUUCAUCUUCGAUAAAGUUGAAGGUAACGAUAGCAGCUUCUUGGAGUUUGAACUGACUGGCUCCACAUACGAACCUAUUGGCGAGCUGUUCCUGGGCGGCCAGAGAGUUAAGGCCAGCGAUUACGACACUUUGGCUGAACUGUCCACCAUCUGUAUUAUGUGCAAUGACUCUGCUAUUGAUUACAAUGAAUUUAAGCAGGCUUUCGAAAAGGUCGGUGAGGCCACAGAGACUGCAUUGAUUGUAUUGGCUGAAAAACUGAACUCCUUUAAUGUCAACAAAUCUGGAUUGGAUCGCCGAUCAGCUGCUAUUGCUGCCCGUGGUGAGAUCGAAACGAAAUGGAAGAAGGAAUUCACCCUUGAAUUCUCACGUGAUCGUAAAUCUAUGUCUUCGUAUUGUACACCACUUAAGGCUUCUCGCCUUGGCACUGGCCCAAAACUGUUCGUGAAGGGUGCCCCAGAAGGUGUGUUGGACCGGUGCUCGCAUGCCCGUGUUGGUACCAGCAAAGUGCCACUAACGUCUGCUCUUAAGAAUAAGAUCUUGAAUCUGACUGGACAGUACGGUACUGGACGUGAUACCCUGCGUUGCUUGGCCCUUGCCGUUGCGGAUAGUCCAAUGCGUCCUGAUGAAAUGGAUUUGGGUGAUUCUACAAAGUUUUAUCAGUAUGAAGUUAAUCUGACCUUUGUUGGAGUCGUUGGCAUGUUGGAUCCUCCACGUAAAGAAGUUACUGAUGCCAUUGUUCGUUGCCGCGCUGCUGGUAUUCGCGUUAUUGUUAUCACUGGUGAUAACAAGGCUACAGCUGAAGCAAUUUGCCGUCGUAUUGGUGUAUUUACUGAGGAUGAGGAUACCACUGGAAAAUCAUACUCUGGACGUGAAUUUGAUGAUCUGUCACCUGCUGAACAAAAGGCCGCCGUUGCUCGUUCCCGUCUAUUCUCGCGCGUGGAACCACAGCACAAAUCAAAGAUUGUUGAAUUCUUGCAAGGCAUGAAUGAAAUCUCCGCCAUGACAGGUGAUGGUGUCAAUGACGCUCCAGCUCUUAAGAAAGCCGAAAUUGGUAUUGCUAUGGGCUCUGGUACUGCAGUAGCCAAAUCUGCUGCCGAAAUGGUGUUGGCAGAUGAUAACUUCUCUUCCAUUGUAUCCGCUGUUGAAGAAGGUCGCGCUAUUUAUAACAACAUGAAACAGUUUAUCCGUUAUCUUAUUUCAUCCAACAUCGGCGAAGUUGUUUCUAUUUUCUUAACGGCUGCUCUUGGUUUGCCCGAAGCUUUGAUUCCAGUUCAGCUCUUGUGGGUUAACCUGGUCACUGAUGGUCUGCCAGCUACAGCCCUUGGCUUUAAUCCACCCGAUUUGGAUAUCAUGGAGAAACCACCAAGGAAAGCCGACGAAGGUUUAAUUUCAGGAUGGCUGUUCUUCCGUUACAUGGCUAUUGGUUUCUACGUCGGUGCCGCAACUGUUGGUGCUGCAGCAUGGUGGUUCAUCUUCUCCGCAGAAGGACCAAAUCUAACAUACUGGCAACUUACUCAUCAUCUUGCCUGCUUGGGUGGUGGAGAUGAAUUUAAGGGUGUCGAUUGCAAAAUCUUCAGCGAUCCACAUGCUAUGACCAUGGCCUUAUCCGUGCUUGUGACCAUUGAAAUGUUGAACGCCAUGAACAGCUUAUCCGAGAAUCAGUCCCUCAUCACAAUGCCUCCAUGGUGCAAUCUGUGGUUGAUUGGUUCAAUGGCACUAUCUUUCACUCUUCACUUUGUCAUUCUAUACGUUGAAGUCCUCUCUACCGUUUUCCAAGUAACACCGUUGUCUGCGGAGGAAUGGCUAACUGUGAUGAAAUUUUCAAUUCCUGUAGUUUUAUUAGAUGAAACAUUGAAGUUUGUUGCUAGAAAAAUUGCAGAUGUAAAUCCCCGAUUUCAUUAAUUGGAUGACACCCCCUAUUAAUUUUACAUAAAUUAAGUCCAUCCCUGCUAUAGAAAGUAUGUGAAGUUGUUAAAUGUUGAUAUACUAGUGUGCCAAAAUUAUAAGUGAAUUCGAGAAAGAUCAAUUGCUGUACAUUAUGGUCGACUUCAUAUUGACACAAAAAACGUAUAAACAAAAUGAAUUCAUAUUUAAAAUUCAGCAUGUAAGAUAUCCAUAAAUACGAAAUAUAAACACUGAAAUCCGAAAAA